AGGAUGAGAAGGGGAACAAGAAUUUUGUACAGUAGGCAGGUAUAGUCUGCCACCGCGACGGUCACCGGCCACCCGGAAGAGGAAAUGCUAUGUGGCAUACGAACAACCGUCCUCAACCCCAUCCGGUUCUUCCUCCCCCAGCCUUUUCUGGGAUAGGAUGGCUAGCUUGCAUAUUGGUGAUCGAACCACCAGCAGCAGUCGGUGGAGAUUCUGAACUGUCGCGCGUGCGAGUGGACCGCCAUGAGAUCGAUUUUGGAGACGAACAGACCAGAGAGCAUGAAUGGGAUUGUCUCUUUGGUGGGCGAAUGCCUCAGGGCCACUUUUUCGGCGCGGUACUAUGGUAUAACUGCUACUGCUACUGUGAGAGGUUGACAGGCAGGCAGGCGCCGGGAUCAACGCCGGAUAAGAAUAGCAUUAACCUAACAAACACCGACUGAGCUACCCAGGAUUAGGAUUAGGAUUAAUACGUCCGCUUAUCGACCUCCGCGCCCAGGAUCAAAAGUCCUGCUGCGGUGGUGUCAUUGGCCUGCAGCUAAGACGACUA